CUGUAACAGCUGCAAAUUGGUUGGGAACAACCAAGCUAGGUUGGCAAGGGUGGCCAACUUGGAUGGAUUGGUUGGGAAGGGACAAAUGUCAAAGUUGGGGUUCCUAUAGGGAGGGAAUCUUUGUGCUUAUGGGGGUUUCCUUGGUUGAGGACUCUCUUGGGACCUUCCCUCUCAUCCCUCUCUUCUAUCCCAACAUUUCUCUUGCUCCUCUAAUUCCUUGUGAGAUUCUUGAACUUUCAUUGAACUCUUGAGAUUGAGUUAAGUUCUCCUCCUACAGCUUACCCCCUAGUGCGUCGAAAGCCAUAGCGUCGCGAAUACUUCAUCAAUCAACGUGAUUCAAAUUGGGAACGGUAGCUGAGAUUAAGAGCUACAACAUAUCCAAGUUUCGCGACAUUCCAACGGCUAGGUUUUUGUCGACGUCGUUUCUUGUGAAGACGACUUUUCUGUCCAGAAUUUCGGAUAUAUAUUUUGAGUAAUUCUAGCUCCUAAGUUCACCUAGACUCCGUCCUUAAUUCUAACAAGUGGUAUCAGAGCAAUAUUAAGGACAUUGAGAGGAGUCUACAGAAGUUUGAAGACCCUUCUAGACCCACCAUGGCCUGUGGGUGUGCCUAAGUGGUGUUCUAAAGGUUGGAUGUGUCUUCCGCUAAGGGGAAACUCUGCCGAAAUUUCGUGGACGCCGACACUUGUGAAAAUAUCGAGGGAGCUGAGUGUGGACAGCAAAGGGGAGCUGAAAUUCGUCAUUUCUCAAGGAGAAGAUGAAUGAGAGAGGAGGAGAUGCUAAUGGAAGAGGAGCUGUACCUGAGAAGACAAGUGAGCCGCCGCCAUCAAAGGUUGAAGCUUUGGAUGGCUCCAACUAUGAGGAAUGGAGCGGACGGAUGAGGAGUGCCUUCAAACGCUACAAGCUACUGAAGAUUGCUGUUGGGGAAGAGAAGAUGCCGGAAGAAGGCGAAGCACAUGAGUUGCAGCAGCCUUCAAGACAGGUGGAGGUUGCAGUGUCAGAGGAGGAGAUGUCUGGGGUGACUGAGGAAGGGGGAGCAGCUGAAGUAGAGCAGCAGCAGCAGCAGCAGCAUGAGUCUCCACCUCGACUGCAAAUUGGUUGGGAACAACCAAGCUAGGUUGGCAAGGGUGGCCAACUUGGAUGGAUUGGUUGGGAAGGGACAAAUGUCAAAGUUGGGGUUCCUAUAGGGAGGGAAUCUUUGUGCUUAUGGGGGUUUCCUUGGUUGAGGACUCUCUUGGGACCUUCCCUCUCAUCCCUCUCUUCUAUCCCAACAUUUCUCUUGCUCCUCUAAUUCCUUGUGAGAUUCUUGAACUUUCAUUGAACUCUUGAGAUUGAGUUAAGUUCUCCUCCUACAGCUUAC